CAAGAAAGAUCCAAUUCCUCCCUCAUUCGGGCAUCCAUCUCACUUCGUCUUCAUAAUCACAACACACAGGUAAACCAAAAACUUCCCAAAUAAUAAAACAACAACAAACAGUAAAUAAAUAUAAAAACAGAAGCAAUUAAAAGAAGAUUCCAUUCAAUUCAAUUCAAUCCAAUUUCUCCCCAACUUCUCGCCUCACGCAUGACUUUUCUUUCUUGAUCAACGAACAUAUCCAUGGUCCUCCACCUCUACAAACACAAUAAUAUUGUAAUUAAAGAUCUAAUUAAACCAAUGUUUUCCCUACAAAACUUUAAGUUGGUUGGACCAGUCUCCUUGUAAAAAUAUUUACUAUUGUCCCUAAGAAAAUAAAAAUCCAAAUCCAAAUCCAAAUCCAAACCAAACCCACCUCAAAUUUUCCUACCAUAUUCCUGUUCUUGAUAUCAUCCAACAAAAACCGUGUUCUUAUUAAUGCUAUACAGGUUUCACUGAAGUUUACAUUCAUAUUUUAACAUCUGGGCCUGAACUGCAUUUGGCCAAGGACGACUGCAUCUCUCUUUUGUUUUGGGAUUAACUGAUAAAGUAUUAUUCAUAAAAUCAGAGAAUCUUGAACAAGAACUUUUGUGAAAACAACUUCAUGAUGGGGACAGAACUCAUCAGGCAUCAUGUCAAAGAAGAAACCAUGGAUAUUCCAUCAAUUCCACCAGGGUUUGAAUCGAUUACAGCCUUUUCUCUAAAAAGAGUUGACGACAACAAAGUUUCUGUCCCCAUGAGUGCUUCUGAACAACAUCCAGUCAAGAACGAAUCAGGGAUCCAGCACAAUGAUGAUGAUGAUGAUGAUGAUGAAAAGAUUAAGAGGUCUGUUAGACCUAGACCUUGGAUAAACUAUGGCCGUUUUGAUAGCAAUUCAGGGGAUGAGUCUGAAUCUGAAAAGAACCAAACUUCAAGCAAUCCGAUCUCUAAAGGGGUUAUUCGUGGAUGUGAAAAGUGUAGCAACUGCCAAAAGGUUAUUGCAAAAUGGCGUCCAGAAGAAGCUCGAAUCCCUGAUCUUCUUGAAGCUCCUGUGUUUUACCCAAGUGAAGAGGAGUUUGAAGAUACUCUGAAGUACAUUUCAAGCAUAAGAGAAAAAGCCGAAGCAUAUGGAAUUUGUCGAAUAGUACCACCUUCAUCAUGGAAGCCUCCAUGUCCUCUUAAGGAAAAAACUGUAUGGGAAAAUUCAACUUUUGCUACUCGUAUCCAAAGAGUUGAUAAACUUCAAAACCGUGAUUCAUUGACCAAAAUGUUGACUCCUAAUUACCAUAAGAAAGCGAAAAAAAGAAGAUGUGUGAAAACAGAGUUUGACCAAAAGACUCAUGGGUCAGACCCUGUUGACCCAAUGGUUCCUGAACCUUGUUUUGGGUUUGAACCCGGUCCACGCUUCACACUUGAUGAGUUUCAAAAGUAUGCGGAUGAUUUCAAGACUCAGUAUUUCAGAAGAAACGAAAUGAAUACAAAUCAAGAUUCGUGGGACCCAUCUUUAGAAAACAUAGAGGGUGAAUAUUGGCGUAUGGUAGAACGACCUAGUAAAGAAAUCGAGGUUCUUUAUGGUGCUGACCUGGAAACGGGUACAUUUGGUAGCGGGUUUCCAAAAGAUCCGUGUCAAGUAUCCGGGUCAGAUGAAAAGUAUGUUAGAUCCGGAUGGAACUUGAAUAACUUUCCAAGGCUUCCUGGAUCUUUACUUUCUUAUGAAAGCAGUGAUAUAUCUGGUGUUCUUGUCCCAUGGUUGUACAUUGGAAUGUGCUUUUCAUCAUUCUGUUGGCAUGUUGAAGAUCAUCAUCUGUAUUCAAUGAAUUACAUGCAUUUUGGUGCUUCAAAGAUGUGGUAUGGUGUACCAGGAAAAGACGCCAUUAAAUUGGAAGCAGCCAUGAAAAAGCAUUUGCCUAACCUUUUUGCAGAACAACCUGACUUGCUUCACAAACUUGUGACACAACUUUCACCUUCCAUAUUAAAAUCCGAAGGAGUUCCGGUUUUUCGGUGUGUUCAGAAUCCGGGAGAAUUUAUUUUGACUUUUCCACGAGCAUAUCAUUCGGGAUUCAACUGUGGGUUCAAUUGUGCAGAAGCAGUCAAUGUAGCCCCUGUUGACUGGUUGCCACAUGGACAUAAUGCCAUUGAGCUUUAUCGUGAACAGGCUCGAAAAACCUCAAUUUCUCAUGAUAAAUUGUUACUUGGAGCUGCAAGAGAUGCUGUAAAAGCUCAUUGGGAACUUAAUCUACUUAGAAAGAACACACCUGAUAACUUAAGAUGGAAGGUUGUUUGUGGGAAAGAUGGGAUCCUAUCCCAAACCCUAAAGGCACGUGUGGAGAUUGAGCGUGUAAGGAGGGACUUUCUUUGCAACACUUCUCAAGCUUUAAAAAUGGAGGCAACUUUUGAUGCGACAAAUGAGAGAGAAUGCAGCAUUUGCUAUUUUGACUUGCAUUUAUCGGCUGCAGGUUGUCACAACUGUUCACCUGAAAAGUAUUCAUGUUUAAAUCAUGCAAAACAGUUUUGCUCGUGUGCUUGGGGUUCAAAGUUUUUUCUUCUUCGUUAUGACAUUAAAGAUUUAACCAUUUUGGUUGAGGCUUUAGAGGGAAAAUUGAGUGCCAUAUACAGAUGGGCAAAACUCGAUCUUGGACUUUCUUUGACUUCAUACGUAUCUAAAGAUACCUCACGCCCCUUGGGGCUUAAUGGGCCCAAUGACAAAGAGGUGAAAGAGCAAAAAGGGCAAGAGAGGGUCCAAGAAAUCUUGAAUAAGCCCAAUGAGAAUGUUAUUCUGGUUAGUGAUGAUGAAGGUGACAAUAAACCGGUUCGGACCAAUUCGGUUUCAGGGUCCACCGGGGGUGAAGCUCAAGUGAAAAAAGAAGCCAUCGAGUCACACCCGGAAAACCUUUCUUGCCAUAGAGUUUUGUCAAAAGACACGGGUCCCACUAACAAACCACAGGAUCUUUCAAGUGUGAAAGAGUCCAGUAAUGGGGAAAAUACGAGUGUGUUAUCUCAGCAAAUACCGAAAUGUGGGAGUGGAAUACAAAAUAACGAGGAGAAAAUUGUAAUUAUUGGAUUAUACGCAAAUACAAGGCCGGGAAACAACGUACAAAAUGCUGCUUCUGGAAGUCCGUCAUGCACCCAAACAAACCCCCGCCAAAAAGGGCCCCGCAUGGCGAAAGUUGUUAGAAGGAUAAAUUGUCAUGUGGAGCCUUUGGAAUAUGGUGUGGUCCAAUCGGGAAAGUUUUGGUGCGAUAGUCGCGCCAUUUACCCUAAAGGUUUUCGGAGUCGGGUUAAGUACAUAAAUGUUUUAAAUCCUACGGAUAUGUGCUAUUAUGUUUCGGAAAUUCUUGAUGUGGGAAAGAAUAGACCGUUAUUUAUGGUUUCAUUGGAGAAUAAUCCAAAUGAAGUAUUUGUACAUUUAUCUGCAGCAAGAUGUUGGGAAAUGAUUAGAGAGAAAGUUAACAAUGAGAUCUCAAAGCAACAUAAGUCAAGAAUAUUAAAUCUUCCACCUUUGCAGCCACCCGGAAGUCUUGAUGGCAUGGAAAUGUUUGGUUUUUCCUCACCUUCCAUCUUGCAGGGUAUACAGUCGAUGGAUAGGAAUCGUGUAUGCAAAGAGUAUUGGGAAUCGCGACCUUUUCUGUCUCAAUCCCACAAUGAAGGUGAGAACUCGUUAAAGAUUCAGGAAUCAAACAUUCCUGAUUGCAACAACAACAGCGGUUUGACUACAGAUUCUGAUGAUAUUGUAUCGGGUCUGUUUAAAAAGGCGAAUUUAGAGGAGCUAAAUUCGUUCUUGAGUGUUUUGGGUAAUGAUGAUUCGAGUGGUGAUAAAGGAAAGGGAAAGUUAAUGAGACUUUUAAAUGAAGAGAUUGGUAAACGAUCUAGAUGACAAUUGGCCAAGAUUUGUAAAUUCUUUCAUCUUUAUAGUAGUUAUUAUACUGGGACUAGUAGAGUUUCGGGUUUUAUAACCUACUUAGGG